GUCCAUUGUUUUUCUACAAUGUUAUUUUUCUGACUGCUGCUGGUGGACGAAAAAUUGGUUUCGCUGCGUCUAGUGUGAGUUAGUUCUAGUGUUCGUGUUCGAUAUUGUGAUUUAUUAGUAAUAGAUCACGAAGAUGUCGUCACCGAGCGCUGGGAAACGACGCAUGGACACCGAUGUCAUCAAACUUAUCGAGAGCAAACAUGAAGUUACUAUACUGGGUGGACUCAACGAGUUCUGCGUGAAAUUCUUCGGCCCUCCAGGCACUCCAUACGAGGGUGGUGUGUGGCGAGUCCGCGUGCAUCUCCCCGACCACUACCCCUUCAAGUCUCCCUCCAUCGGCUUCAUGAACAAGGUCUACCAUCCGAAUAUUGACGAGGUGUCUGGCACCGUAUGUCUUGACGUCAUCAACCAGGCCUGGACUGCGCUUUAUGACCUGUCGAACAUAUUUGAGUCGUUCCUGCCGCAGCUGCUGACGUACCCCAACCCCAUCGACCCCCUGAACGGCGACGCCGCCGCUAUGUAUCUGCACAAACCUGAAGAGUACAAGAAGAAAGUUUCAGAUUACGUCCGAAGAUUCGCGACUGAGGAGGCCCUUUUAGAAAAGGACGCGAUCACCGGCAUGGGGGGCGCGACCCCCGCCUCGUCGGGCUCCAAGCCGUCCAACGGCAAUGCCAACAAUAAUAGCGAUACAGAGAGCUCCAUGAGCGAGUUCAGCGAUGACGAAGCGCAAGACAUGGAGUUAUAACAUAAGCUACGACAGAUAAGUAAGACUUGCUCACUCGCCACUGCCUUGUGUGUUUAAAAACGAACGUUUUGUUUGUGGUCUAAUGUUUUCUUUUAUGGCAACACCU